GGGCAUCAACGAAGGAUGUACCCCGCAACAUGUAUUUUGAGAGCCCUAUAUAACUGCCAGGAUGCCGUCUACAGUACUAGUUGUCAUCAGAAGAUCGCGUCUGUAUCUCGUGUGCUCGUUGGCUCCUGCUGCAAGAUGACUUCGUUAACAUGCCUUUUAUUCACCGUUGUUUAUCUGGUCUUGUUGCCCAACCUUGCGGUCUCACAACUCCAGAGGAAUUGCCCAGACAACUAUGUGCUCUUGGCUGACAAAUGCUAUGGUUUUCGGCACACAAUGACAGACUGGAAUAACGCCCGUGGAUCUUGCCUGAACGAGAAUGCUGACCUGACCUCCGUUCUCACGACGCAGGAGUACACGGAGAUUCUGGCGCAUCUGGCUGCUAACUACCCCGGUGUGUACUGGAUUGGCGGCGCCACGAGGAACCAGGGCGCAUGGAGGUGGGUGGCUUCGGGGGCGCCCAUGAAUGAGCAGUGGUGGGGCGGCGACCACACCCCCACCUCACAACGCUGCGCCUACUUCUGCUCUGUUACUCGCAAAUACUGGAGCAGCGCAUGCGAGGUGUCCAAGAACUACAUCUGCGAAAAAAGUGCGGAGACUGAAACCGACCAAGAAGAAGAAUUUGAACCAGAAAGGGAAGUUGAAACAGACGAGGACUCCGAUCCAGAAAAUGAAGCAGAUGAUGAGGACGCUGAGAGGAUACCUUCCCUUCCCUCUGUAAGGGCGGAGCUGCGGUCUGGAGUUUCGUCCACCACACGAAACAUGGGCUUUCUCGUUUUUCUGUUGAGUUUUUGCGCAGCCAUGGCAUAAUGUAGAUAUGAGGGACUUUGUGGGCUUGUGACUAAAAUGCCUUUUUAGACCCCAUUUGAACUCCAGCGUAACCACAUUUGUACAGUGUUUUCAUCGCGUUAGAGAUUACUAAUAUAUAUGAAUGUAUCAAUAUGUUAAAAGCUAGAGCCAAUAGAAGUGACUCGGUUCGUGUGAUUUGCGUAUCCAGAAAUAUAAUGACAUUAAUUACAUUCAUGCAGUUGGCACGGAGUUGGCAUGAUGUGACAAAAGCCCUGCUGAUAGGUGGAGCAAUCUCAUAUUAUUACUAUUUUUUAUGUUACUACAUACCCCCUUUUUUCUUACUCCAAUACAUUUGACCUACCUUUUUGUUGUUGAUGCUCAUAUGUCAUUUUUUAAAGUGGACAGUUGAUAAUUCUUUGGUGUUUCACUAACGGAUAACUUUACCGUACUGUGGGGUCUUAACUUUCAAUAUCUUUGUUAAACUCUCAGCAGUGUGGAGUUCGACCGUCACUAAUUAAAUAUGGUCACCAUACCUAUGUAAUAUGUAUAUAAACAUGAUUGUAUCUGUCAUUGAUUUAGUAUAAAUAAAACAGACAAAGGAUC